GCUCAGCUGCGGCCGGGCCGCUCCCCCUUCCUCACCCGGGCGCCCGCGGAGAUGUUUAACCGCGCGGUGAGCCGGCUGAGCAGGAAGCGACCGCCGUCAGACAUCCACGACAAUGAUGGGAGUUCCAGCAGCAGCCACCAGAACCCCAAGAGCAGCACAGCCAAGUGGGCGGCCUCUCUGGAGAAUCUGCUCGAAGACCCGGAAGGCGUGAAAAGAUUUCGGGAAUUUUUAAAAAAGGAAUUCAGUGAAGAAAAUGUUUUAUUUUGGUUAGCAUGUGAAGAUUUUAAGAAAACACAAGAUAAGAAGCAGAUGCAGGAAAAGGCAAAGGAGAUCUACAUGACCUUCCUGUCCAGCAAGGCCUCGUCACAAGUCAACGUCGAGGGGCAGUCCCGGCUCAACGAGAAGAUCCUGGAAGAACCGCACCCCCUGAUGUUCCAGAAGCUCCAGGACCAGAUCUUCAACCUCAUGAAGUACGACAGCUACAGCCGCUUCUUGAAGUCUGACUUGUUUCUAAAGCACAAGCGGACCGAGGAAGAGGAGGAGGAGCCGCCCGACACCCAGACGGCGGCCAAAAGAGCGUCGAGAACUUAUAACACAUGAGCCUCCCCCCCCCCUGGCCCUCCCCCCCCAGCGGUCGGCACUGGCAGCUCCCCGUCGCCAAGGGUCUCACUCAGGACCAGGCAGGGUGUAGAAUUGCUUUGUUAUCUGCAAGGACUGAAGUGUACCAAGCCCGUCGGUGGCAUCUGUGUAUUGUAUUAACUGCUUGGCCAGUACGUCUUGCAUGAUGGCUCGUCUUACGUAGAAAACACACACACGUUGCUUUGAGGUUUAAGUUCACAAACGCACAGUGGUGGACGGAGUCCUUAAACACUGGACACUGAGCAUUUCACAGCUUGAUUAAACGUCAUGCGAGGCCGCCAGGUGACCCGUCGAGCCACCUCUGACCUUUCGAGUCUUUGCCCUGCCUCUGGGGGAGGGGCCCUCCCUGUCCACAGGUCCCGGGAGUGGACCUCACAGACUCAGGCCACGGGGGGUGCUGUCUGUCCGGCGCCUUUUGGGUUAAAUGCUUCUCUCAGGCGAGCUCAGUGCUAGGAAAAGGAACCCUUCCUCCCCCCGUCCCCCCACA